CUUGCUGAUGACAGCGACGAUGACAAGCGCAUAAGGCAGGCUGAAGUAAGGGCUUCACAGAAACGCCGGCGUGCUCAAUUGGCGAAGAAAAGUUCGUCUCUCCGUCCUCAAAAGCCCUCCACUCCGCCGGUUCCCUCGCUGCCCUACGUCGUUUCUGGUUACGGCACUCCAGUCUCUCCUUCUUAUCCUGCCGUUUCUCUGCCAGGUUCUAAUUUUUCGAAUCCGUUCGGUGCUGUCAAUUGGCCUAAGGCUCACCGUGGUUCGCGUGUUGGCAGUUGCUUUGCUUGUGGUAGUUUCGGCCAUUUCAGGAAUCAGUGCCCCGUCCUUCAGGCGCAGUUUUCAGCUAGCCAACCUGGGAAACGUACGUGAUGGACUGGGAUGUUGGUGCACUCGUCGAGGACACAGAUAAGUUAAGGAACUUUGUUGAAGAUGAUUUUGACUUUUUUGAAUAUGUCGUAGUUCUACUAUCGUUGUAGCCCGUAGGCUAAAAUCUCAUAUUCAGUUUUGGCGUUCUAUAGGUGCCAGUCAAUUUAUUCUAGAUGUUAUCGAGCAUGGUUAUCGUAUUCCUUUCCACUCUACACCCCCUGUUAGUUUUUCUAAUAAUAAUACGUCAGCUUUGGCCCAUUCUGAUUUUGUUAACGAAGCUAUUUCCGAAUUGUUGGUUACCAAUGGCAUUUUUGAAUCGGAGGUCCUGCCCCAUAACGUCAACCCUCUUUCCGUUUCUAUUCAGUCAUCUGGGAAAAAGAGGUUGAUCUUGGAUCUUAGGUUUGUAAAUAAGCAUGUCUGGAAGCAA